UCGCACCCGACCGAGCGUUGAUAAAUGACCCUUUACAGUCACGGGGAUUUUACCCAAUCGUCGAUCGCAGAUAUUUAGGGUUUUCUGCUCCAAAUUGCCCCGAAUUCUCCGUGAUUGCUUUCAUCCUUAAUGCGUUAUCGGCGUUAGGUGAUUUGGUACGCCACUCUCGUUCUGGUUCUUCAAUAAUCGAUCCGAUCUCUAGAAUUUGAAGGACAUGGGAUAAUUCCGGAGUUUCGGGAAGGAAAUGUAUUUCAUAUACCGGCUUGAAGUAAUGCCGCCAUUUGGCGCUACUAUGAUGUAGAAGUUAUUCGAGUUUUGAUUUACUUUCUCAGUUGUGAUAAAGGCGUAGGGAGGUUCAUAUAUCUGUUUUGCUGUGCUCUUUUGGUUUGUGCUGAUUCUGGGUAAUCUAUCAGUAGGUGUGAAUUUAUUCGAAGGCAUUGGACGAGCUGAUCUGCUCGCAUUUCACUAUACAGUCGACCUUGCGAAAUUAUUUUGCGGCAAAAUAGGACAGCUUCCAAGAACAGAUGUUAUGAGGAAGAAAAGGAAAGGAAGCGAGACAGAUGCGUCCUCAAAUCUUCCAGAAAUUUUGACUUCACAUCAUGGGAACCAUGGAUCUCUCUCAUCAAAUUGGAAGUCUCAUUACUCGCUUGAAGAUUGUUCCAGAUUGAAGAAGAGGUGUAAAGAAGAUGCUGGUGCAGAACCGGUUGCUUCCUGUAAUAAAAGGCUUGCAGGCUUUGCCACCGCUCCCCCUUGUGGGACAUCAUCUUUGAUCACGCCUGGAAGAGGUCUUAAGAGGAAGAUAGGAUGCAUUGAUGUUGCUACCCAAAUGGGCAGGAAGAAAAAGAUAGAGGAUGAUUAUAUUUUUGGUAAAACGAUUGGGCAAGGAAAAUUUGGAUCUGUAUCUUUGUGUCGGUCCAGCCUUAGUGGAGCAGAAUAUGCAUGUAAGACCCUGAGGAAGGGGGAAGAGACGGUUCAUCGAGAAGUGGAGAUAAUGCAACAUUUAUCUGGACAUCCAGGGGUUGUGACGCUGCAGGCAGUGUAUGAAGAAGCUGACUGCUUCCAUCUUGUAAUGGAGUUGUGUUCUGGGGGGCGAUUGAUUGAUAGGAUGGUUGAGGAGGGCCCUUAUACAGAGCAAAGGGCUGCUACUGUGCUCAAGGAAGUGAUGUUAGUCAUUAAGUAUUGUCAUGAUAUGGGAGUUGUGCACAGAGAUAUCAAACCUGAAAAUAUCCUGCUAACAGCAUCGGGAAAAAUAAAGCUUGCAGAUUUUGGGCUGGCCAUGAGAAUAUCUAAUGGUCAGAACUUGACUGGCUUGGCUGGAAGCCCUGCAUAUGUUGCUCCGGAGGUAUUGCUGGGUAGCUAUUCUGAGAAGGUGGAUGUGUGGAGUGCUGGAGUUCUCCUGCAUACUCUGUUAGUUGGCUUUCUUCCAUUUCAUGGAGAUUCGUUGGAAGCAGUCUUUGAGGCUAUUAAGAAUGUCAAACUGGAUUACCAAAAGGGUAUGUGGGAUUUGAUAUCUAAGCCUGCCCGAGAUCUUGUAGGGAGGAUGCUGACAAGGGAUGUUCUAGCAAGGAUAACCGCUGAUGAAGUACUAAGGCAUCCAUGGUUACUAUUCUACACAGAACCUACUUUAGAAAAACUGCCUAUCAGAACAAGGUUGAAGCAUCAGGUAGGAGCCACGUGCCGCCAGUUUAUUGCUGCUGGACAUAGGCCAGGAGGAAACAAGAUAGACGAUGGUUCCCAUGGUGAAAUUUCAAGCCCGCUUUCACCCUCGGAGAGUAGCGAUUCAGAAGAUGAGGGCGAUGGUGUGUUGAUUGAUGUGCUGGCGUCUGCAAUUUCACAUGUGAGGAUAUCCGAACCCAAGAGAAGCAGGUUGUGCGGACCAACAGGUCCAAUGGAUCAGCAAGGAUCAUCUAACAUGAAGGCUAACAACCUCUGUAAAGCAUUUUGACCGAUCAACUGACAGGCUGACACCACUAUACCACUAUCUCGAUUGCUUGGCUGGGGGUUUUCAACUAUACUUUCUCCAUCACUAGCAUAUGUGGACCAAGUGGAUUACUCGCUGACAUGACGCCCCAUUUGUGUUGGCCUGGGAGCCAUUUUCUCACCAAGAUUCUUUGGAGUGGGAUCUAAUUGCGAUAUUGUAUAUUUUUUACCCUUAGCCCCUUUACUCAUGCAGCCUAAUAAUUAACUGGAAAAACCCGGAUAGUUUGUACAGUGUAUGUAAAUAGAUUGUUAAUAUAGCACCGGUUGGCCUUGCUCUA